ACGAACCAGCAAUCUCCCAUUAGAGUAAGCAUAAUUUCAACAGCAAAUCUCCAACUUCCGAUUCAACAGAAUGCUGCCAACCAAUGAUCAAACCCAAAACACAAAUACUCCUGAAAUACCCAUAUUCCUUCCAGCCGUAGCUCACUUCUACCUCACGUUCAACAUCAUCUCCACAAUCUACCAGGCCUACGCUCAUGGUGACUUUCCCAUGGCAGCUUUCAUCUUUUUUGUUUACCUUGCGUAUUUCUUUCUCAUGUAUUGCAUGACACUGUUGCAAACUUUACCUCCCCAGGAUCGUUCGCCAAGGAAAGAUUUCUUGAAAUCUGUCAUCUGGGUUUUAACCAGUGUCAUCUUUUUUGGAUUUGCUUAUCAAUUCUCCACCUUUAUUCACCCUGUUGCAGCCGCUUUUGUCUUUGCUCUUGCAAUUUUGGCCAGUUCUUUCAUCUUCUUAUAUUUUGUCUAUGAUGGUCAUCAUCCACAACAACAAAAACAAAGUGGUAGCUCUACCAACAGGCUUAGAAUCCAUAUACUUGGAUUCUCUCCAUCCAGUAGUAAAGUAAGUGACAGUAAAAUUGCGCAAGUUGUGCCAGGUCCAGAAAAUGUUUAAAUGGAGAUGCGGGGCAUCGAUCCCCGUACCUCCCCACGCUCGGUGGUGAGGGCUUUGCUAGCAUCAGUAACUGGUGUCAAAUUUAUAUAUUUGUAUGCUAAAGGCUUUUUUUUUUUGUUUAUGGAGUAAAUCAACUUUAAUGCCUUUCAAAAACACAAAAAAAAAAAAAAAUCGGAAAGUAUUCGUAGCUUGUUCUUUGUUAUAUGAGAAAAUCUUAAGAAAAAGUUGUGAAACCUGAUUAUAAGUUCAUCUAUGUGAAAUUUCAAUACCCUUUUCAUUAUUGUCAAA